AUGUCAGCAGCUCUUCCGCUCGCGCUUCCCGCAGCCGCGGCUGGCCUCGCAUACCUUAACGGUCGCCAUGGCUUCACCUACGACUUGACACUGCUAUCUGCCCUCGUACGCAGCUCCAUCGAUAGCGCGGUCCGCCAACGACGCGACACUUGGAACCUCUUCUACGAACUCGAAUCACAUGCCAAAUCGUCGCGAGCAAACCAUACUUGGAUCAUCUUCCAGGGAAAGUCGUGGACGUAUGCGCAAGCGUAUGAUGUUGUGCUCCGCUAUGGAGUAUGGCUGAAGAGCAAGGGCGUGGAAAAGGGCGAUAUUGUCGCCAUGGACUUUAUAAACUCGGACGUCUUCGUAUGGGUGUGGUUUGGCCUCUGGAGCAUUGGCGCAAGCCCGGCCUUUAUCAACUACAACCUCACAGGCAAGCCGCUUGUACACACCAUCAAGACGAGUACGGCCAAGUUGGUGCUUGUGGACCAAGAAGUCAAGGCCAACUUCAACGAGGAUGCACUGAGGGACCAAGGCCUCACUCGGACGGAUAACACUGACAAGCUCGAGUACACGUUUGAACUUCAGUCUGAUGCCUCGCCAUCUACCGAGAAGCAAGCUCAACGACAGGUUGAAAUCAUCUUCUUUGAUGGUGCAUUGGCAGCUCACAUUCUCACACAACCGCCAACGCGCUUCCCUGAUUCAAUUCGCUCAGUCCAGGAACGCACAAACAUGGCCAUGCUCAUCUACACGUCUGGCACAACAGGUCUUCCUAAACCUGCGUUGAUGUCGUGGGGCCGAUGUGUUGGUGCUUCCAAGGCUGGGUCAGUUUGGGUGGGACUCAACAACAACAACGAUAUCCUGUACACAUCUAUGCCGCUAUACCACAGCUCAGCUUCAAUCCUGGGUCUGUGCGCCACCCUCCGCGCCGGAACUACCAUCUGCUUGUCGAAGAAGUUUUCUCACAAGACCUUUUGGCCCGAAGUCCGUUCUUCCAAUGCCACCAUCAUCCAAUAUGUCGGUGAAACAUGCCGAUACCUCCUCUCCGCUCCUCCAUCGCCCCUGGACAAACAGCACAAGCUCCGCGCAGCAUUCGGUAACGGCAUGCGCCCUGACGUCUGGGAAGCUUUCAAAGAGCGCUUUGACAUAGAAACCGUCUACGAAUUCUACGCCGCAACAGAAGCGCCCAAUGGGCUCUUCAACAUCUCGACAAAUUCCUUUUCCAGUGGUGCGAUUGCACGUAACGGCACAAUAAUCAACACGCUCCUGAGACAAAAGCUCUGUCUCGUACGCCUGGAUCCCGAGUCCGACCCGCCAGAGCCCAUCCGGGACCCCAAAACAGGCCUAUGUAAAAUCUGCGACUCCAAUGAACCGGGUGAAAUGCUCAGCAAACUCGAUGCCACAGACAUCAACAAGGCCUUCCAAGGCUAUUAUGGCAACUCAAAAGCAACAAACAGCAAAAUCAUCCGUGACGUCAAGAAGAAAGGAGACGCCUACUUCCGCACCGGCGAUCUCAUGCGCUGGGACGCCCAGGGCCGCUUCUGGUUUGUCGACCGCAUCGGCGACACAUUCCGCUGGAAAGCAGAAAACGUCUCUACAGCCGAAGUCAGUGAAGUCCUCGGUAGACACUCCGCUGUCGCCGAAGCAAACGUCUACGGCGUCCAAGUCCCGCGCCACGAUGGCCGCGCAGGCUGUUCCGCCGUCGUGUUCAAAGACCAGUCUACCACGCCUUCUGAUGCUGUCCUGACGUCUCUGGCACAGCAUGUGAAGAGUCAGUUGCCGGCUUUCGCGGCCCCAAUUUGGAUUCGCGUCACCAAGGAGAUGCAGCUUACGGGCACCAAUAAGCAGCAGAAGCAUUUGUUGCAGAAGGACGGUAUUGAUCCUGAGGUUGUCGAGGGUCAGGGGGAUGUCUUGUAUUGGCUCAGGGAUGGUGCUUAUGUUCGUUUUACGAAGGAUGAUUUGAAGAGGAUUGAGGGCGGAGGUGUUAAGCUUUGAUGUUGUUUUUGUCAUAGUCUUUUCUUUUCCUUUUCUUGAGAUAUGCGAAUGAAUGGCGUGAUACCAUUUGUAGGAAUCUUUUAUUGUUGUUGUUGUUGUUGUUGUUGUUGUUUUGAUCUUGUUCGAAGAAGAUGAUUGGUACUUGGGUGAAGCUGACACGUUAUAGCCUAUUUUUCUUUUCUUUUCUCAAAGUAAUACUCUACACUGCCUUUGCCUUUCGCGUCUUCCUAGGUUUCUUCUUCGUAGGCUCCUUGUAUAAUUCAUCUUCGUCAUCUUCAUCCUCUCCAGCAUCCUCGCCCGUACCUUGAUCUUCCUUCUGCGCCAGCUCCACAGGUUUACUCGUCCCAGCCUUCCUCUUCUUCCUCCCACCAUUCGCACCCUCAUCCCGUUUGGCCCCCUCCUCACUA